AUGAGGUUUGAGCGGGUAGGGAACCUUGGUGACCUCCGGGACGCCAUUAAGCAUAGUGAGGAGGCACUAGCUGCUACUCCUGAAAGUCACCACGAUCGAGCGGGUAGACAUAGUAACCUGGGAGCUAUGCUCUAUGUGAGGUUUAGGCGGGUAGGAGACUUGUGUGACCUGGAUAGUGCCAUAAAGCACAUCGAAGAAGGACUAGCUGCUACCUCUCAAGGUCAUGCCGAUCGAGCGACGAUGCACAAUAACCUGGGAACAAUGCUCUCUGCGAGGUUUAGGCGGAUAGGGGACGUUAGUGACCUCCAAAACGCUAUUACGCACAGCGAGGAGGCACUGGCUGCUACUCCUCAAGAUCACCCGGAUCGAGCGCGCAGGCACGGUGACCUUGGGAACAGGUUCUCUACGAGGUUUGAGCGGAUAGGGGACUUUGGUGAUCUCCGAAGGGCUAUCAACCACGGCGAAGAAUCGCUGGCUAUUACCCCUCAAGAUCACCCUGAUCGGGCUUGCAGGCACAAUAACUUGGGAAACUGUUUCUCCAUGAGGUUUGGGCGGGUUGGGGACUUUGUUGACCUUCAAAAAGCAAUUAAGCACAUCGAGGAGGCGCUAGCCGCUACCCCUCAAGAUCACCCCGAUCGGGCGGUAAGGCACAGCAACCUUGGAGCAAUGCUCUCUAUGAGAUUUGAGCGGUUAGGGGAACUUGGUGACCUCCAAGACUCCAUUAAGCACAGUGAGGAGGCACUAGCUGCUACCCCUCAAGACCACCACGAUCGAGCGGGUAGACACAGUAACAUGGGGGCCAUUCUCUCCGCGAGGUUUAGGAGGAUAGGAUGUCUUGACGACCUCCAAAGUGCCAUUAAGCACAUCGAAGCAGCAUUAGCCGCUACCCCCCGAGAUCAUCCCGACCGAGCUGGUAGGCACAAUAACCUGGGAGGCAUGUUAUCAACGAGGUUUGGUAGGAUAGGAGACCUUCGAGACCUCCAAGAUGCGAUUAAACACGGCGAAGACGCACUUGCCGCGACCCCCGAAGAUCACCCCGAUCGAGCGCGCAGACAUAGCGACCUAGGAAUCAGGUUCUCUAUAAGGUUUGAACGGAUAGGAGACCUUGUUGACCUCCAGAAGGCUAUUAGUCAUAGUGAAGAGGCGCUGGCUGCUACCCCUCAAGAUCAUCCUGAUCGAGCGG